AUAUACUUGUGUACAUAUUUAUUCCUUCCAUUUUCUCUCCUCAAAUCAAAACCCUUCUUGAAAUCUCAUUUCUAGAAACUACAUUUCCUAACUUGGAAAUUACACUUCCUAACUUGGAAAUGUGAAUUGCACACACACUGACUAAAAAAAACAGCAGAUUACUAAAAAUAGCACCUUAAAAAUCAUGGCCGCUGCAAAACACACAGCGUCGGAGACUUGCUCAUUAUAUCCAUUCCCGCCUUCCACGCCAGCACUCUCGGAGGCGGAGGAGCCGAAGAUCAAGCGGAUUCGAGAAGCCACCACCACCACCGGCGGCAAGCAUCCCGUCUACAGAGGCGUGCGGAUGCGGAGUUGGGGGAAAUGGGUGUCGGAAAUCAGGGAGCCGCGGAAGAAAUCGAGGAUCUGGCUCGGCACCUUCCCCACGCCGGAGAUGGCGGCGCGUGCGCACGACGUCGCCGCACUGAGCAUCAAGGGCGCCUCCGCCACCCUCAAUUUCCCCGAGCUUACGUUGGCGCUGCCCCGCCCGGCCUCCCUCAGCCCCCGCGACGUUCAGGCCGCCGCCGCCAAGGCCGCCGCGAUGGAAAAAUUCGAAAUCGUAUCGUCUCCGUCGUCGUCGAUUGAUUUGUCCGCGGCGUCGGAGGAGCUGAGCGAGAUCGUGGAGCUGCCGAGCUUGGGAUCGUGCUUCGACACGGUGGAGAUGAGGAGCGACUUUGUUUACGUAGAUGACGACGCCGCGAUCGAAGGGUGGCUGGAUCCGCCGCCGUGGAGCGGCGCCGUCGCUGACGACGGAAUACAAAUAAUAAAUAGAAGAAUAUCUAAUGAGAGAAUAGCCGCCUCUCAUUUUCAAGGUAAAGGAGAGAGAAAUAUAGCUGCAACAAAUACAAAAAGAAAACCCUAGAAGAUGCACGCCUAUAAACCUCUUCAAAUCUGCAACCUAAACCAGAAUAUAUCAAAUAUAAGAGAAAGAAUAAAGGGUACAAAAUACAUCUGAAAUGCAAGGAGAAGGAGAGAGAAUAAAAGAAGCAAUAAUUACAGAAAGAAGGCACAAAAGGUGCUGCAUGGCUGAAGCCUUUUGGAUUCUACACUCUACAAAGUAGAUAACAGAAGAGGAAGAACGAAUUACUCUGAAAAGGAUUUUAAUAACAAAAACAUUUGAAGAACCAAGAGAAGAAUUACAAAAUCAUAUCAGAAUUAUUCCAACAAGGUAUCUAUUCAAUAAUAAUUGCAAGACUAAAGAAGGAUUUUACAUACUAACAUCAUAAUUUGUCCAAAAAAAGGUUGUGAGUUGCAUUAGAACUUGGAGUAUUUUUGUAUCUUAAAUCCUAUUCAAAUAUGUAUAUAUGUAAUUCUCUAUAAUACCUAUUUAUUUGUAAUAGAAUAGGUUUAAGUACACACCAAUGGAACUUUAUAUAUGUAUAGAUGUCUUGUCGUGUUGAUAUUA